GGAUAACUUUAGUUUUCCCCCUUUCAAACACACACAAACAAAACAACCAACCCCUCUCCCUCUCUCUCUCUCUCUCUCUCUCUCUCUCCGCCAGUGAUAUUAUUGUUAUGGGUAGCGGCGGCGCCGGAGGAACUCCUGACAUGCCGGAACUCAUGUUGAGAAGUGAAGACAAGAUCAUUGACGGCGGCGGCGGUGGUGAUUUGCCGACUGCCGCCACCACUAAUAACUUUGUGAGGUGGGAAAAGUUUUUGCCCAAGAUGGUUCUCAGGGUUUUGUUGGUUGAAGCUGAUGAUUCAACUCGACAGAUUAUUACUGCUCUGCUCAGAAAAUGUAGUUAUAAAGUUGCUGCUGUUUCUGAUGGUUUGAAGGCAUGGGAAGUGCUGAAAGGAAGAUCGCAUAGUAUCGAUCUUAUACUGACUGAAGUCGAGCUGCCUUCGAUCUCCGGGUUUGCUCUUCUCACCUUGAUUAUGGAGCAUCAAGUCUGCAAGAACAUUCCCGUCAUAAUGAUGUCUGCACAUGAGUCGGUUAGCACGGUUUAUAAGUGUAUGUUGAGAGGUGCUUCUGACUUUCUGGUCAAACCUGUUAGGAAGAACGAAUUGAAGAACUUGUGGCAACAUGUUUGGAGGCGACAAUCUUCAACCACUGGGCCUAACCGGAACCAAGAAGAGAGCGAUGCACAACAGAAAGUUGAAGCCACCGCUGAAAACAAUGCGACUAGCAACCGUUCGAGCGGUUACAUGGCUUGCAUCAAAAGAAACAGGGAAUGCAUUGAAAAAGGAAGUGAUGCACAGAGUUCUUGCACAAAACCAGACAUGGAACCUGAUGAGCCACCCAUGGAACAACCGGUGGACCACACUGACUCUGAACAGGCUAACCAGUUGGGGACUGGACCCACUGAGCCAGAGGGGGAUACGACUAAAGCCGACACAACUGGUCAAGAAAAGAACAUGGCUAUAGAUGUGAGAUGGGAACAUGUGAAUGUCGCUACUGGUAAUAAUAACUCUAGGGAAGCGAUCGAUUUGAUUGGAUCGUUUGACAGUUACCCUAAACCGAGUUACAAAAGCUCGUUAAAUUUUGGUGAAAAUAAGGUUGAUCAUCCUUCACCGAUGUUAGAUCUUUCACUACGAAGAUCUCAUCCAAGUAGCUCCGUGAAUCAGUUCAGUGAUGACCGGCACAGGUUGAAGCAGUCUGAUCUAUCGGCAUUCUCACGGUAUAUCAGUAGGGGGCAACCGCCGCCAACAUCAGGAUCUGCUAGCAUUUCCAAUCAACAAAAAGACUACGAAACCAAUUCCGAUAAACUGCUAUCCAAGAACCCGGUGGAGUAUAUUUCCGACACCCAUAGUGCACCAGUCGGAAGUUCUCAAGUCAACAUAAUCAGUCCACAAAAGCAGACCGAAAGUCUAAGUCCAAAUCAAAAUCAAUUCCCAUCACCAAAGGAAAGAGUGUUUCACGCUCCAGUUGCAGUAAGAGGUUCAAGAUUCGAGAACCCAUAUGGUUCGGUAUUACCUCCGUUUUGCGUGCAACCGGGCUUGUCCCAGAUGCAGAGCCCGUCUUCUUCAGGCCAUCAUGAACCAAUGUUUCAAACAAACGCGUAUUACAUUCCUAAUCAAGAAACAAGAAACGAGUCUCCUCCAGAGCUGCAUAACGCAACAGAAGCCCUUGAAGAUCAUAGCGCAAACAGCAGUUUUUGUAACAGUGCGACGCUUACGCGUAUCAACAGUAUAGGCAGCGGAAGCAAUGGAAAUAACACGAAUCGAUCGAUACAGAGAGAAGCUGCCUUGAAUAAGUUCAGAAUGAAAAAGAAAGACAGAUGCUUUAAUAAGAAGGUGCGAUAUGAAAGCCGAAAGAAGCUAGCAGAGCAGAGACCUCGGGUGAAAGGACGGUUUGUUCAACAGACAGGCAAUCCAUCGGCUUCAGCUUCACUUUCACCGAUGGAAAUCGAUACAUAAAUAGCUUGAUGGCGAUUUCGGUUUGUUAUAUAUAUGGUUUUAAAAGAUCUAGCAAGCACACGGUUAAGAAUCUAACAACCUUUCACGCAUGAUUCUGAGUUUUGGAUUGUAAAUUUGGAAUUAUAGAAGUAGUUUUUGAUCUUGUUCUGACUAUAAAACAAGAUAGAAUGUCUGCUCAGUGACCAUUUAAUGUUCUUUGAAUAGAUUUAGGAGGUUUAAACUCUGUUGUGAUUAUAGAGAGUAUAUUGUAUUGAGAGGAUAUUGAUGUAUAGUGUGUAUCUUCAAAUGAAAUAUCUUUGUACA